AUGCGAAGAUAUUUGAUGACUAGCCUCCUCCGUUCGUCUCGCUAUGUCGGCUCAGCAACAUCUAUUAUACCAUGUUCAAUUGUGCCUUGGACGGCUGCUGUUUCUACAGGUCGGCUGUACGCAUCCGAAUCCGGCCAGAACCCUGCUCCCAAUUCGUCAGCUCGGGUGAAGCAGAUUACAGAUCAACAAAAAGCUGAUCUGAAGAACUUGAUGCGCUGGAUGGAACGCCAUCAAUCUAAUAUUUUCGAUGCAAGUUAUUAUUAUGAGGAUAUGUUCGAAGAAGAGGAAGCGGAAUUCCUGUGGGAUAGGGUUCCGGUUCUUGAAUCAGAGCUGGAGCCAGCUCUUAAAGAUUCGAUUCUCGAGUUUGGGAAGUACAACAAAGUUGAAGCGGAGUUGCUUCCUUCGAUCCAGAAAUUGCUGAUGAAGAUGAUGUUGUCAGGGGAGUACGACGACUUGGUGCUGGUGAAGAAUAAGGAGACCGGGAUCAUUGUAAUGACAAAGAGAUGGAAGGUCUUUCGAAAGUAUGCCUACUUUCUUCCAGACGAACUUACGGAAAACUUGGUGAGGAUGGACAAGGAGUUGCAGAGAAUGGUUGCAUAUGAGGAUCUUAGCGACGAAGUUGAGAUCCUUCGACUGCUUACUGAUCAUUGGAAGAAAGCACUGAUGAAUUAUUUAAAGCGAUUGGAAGCUGAUGAAGAGGAGUCCAAACCAGAAUUUGAUGUUGUCCCACCUUCUGCUAAACGAUACUUGUCCGACGAUGCUUCAUAUGUCCUACCUUCGGCUAGACCGUAUAUGUUCGACGACGCUUGGUAUGCAUUGUUGCAGCUCGAGCUUUGCUAUGAAAUUCCGGAAUAUGAAGCUUGGCAUUCGGAGUUCAUGGAAUUGAUGGAGAAGUACUUGAAGGGCCACAUAUCGAGGUAUGUGCUUCCUGACUUGAUCACGCAAUCCAUUCUCAAGUUCAAUUUGGAAGAGAUCAAUAACAAGUGGAAGCAUCUUCGGGGUGAUAUCUAUGCAGAGAAAGAAGUGAAAGUGCUCAUGAGAGGUUGGCUUUCGGAGGUGGGAAGAUUGAAUAAGAAGUAUUGGGAAGGCACAGAGGACGUGCUUCUGGCUUUCCGUAAAAAACUUGUGGAAAUGAGAUUGUCUGGGAAACAUGAUGAUAUCGUGGCUCGCCCAUCGUUAUGUUCGUACCGACCUUAUGAAUGGAAAUUAAUGGGAUCCAGAGCCAAUUACUUCGACGACUAUGCAGCAAUUCUUCCACAUGAUGUUAAAGAGAAGUUGUUGAGGAAGCUCAGAUCGUUCAGGGAUGUCUCUUGGGAGCUUGACGAGCAAGCGUACGAACAAUAUAGAGAUUUUGAGAAUGGAAUACUGAUGGAUUAUUUAGAGAAAUUGAAAGUCGAACAUGGUACACCAGAAAAGCAGUUUCAUAUGGAUUAUGAAGAUGACGAGAAGAACACCAGAGAAAUGGCAGUGAAAUACGAAUACUUUGAAUUGUGA